AUGGAGAACGUCUUGCAUGAGCUUUUGCCCCGGGGGGAAGACAAUGGUUACUCUCACGGCCGACAAGCUUUGGUCGUCACAGCUGUGUUGACGAGUAUCGCUACCCUCAUUGUGGGGAUGCGGUUAUUCGCACGUCUCGGCUUGAUAAAAGUCACCGGGCCUGAAGACUGGGCGAUUUUAGUCUCUUUGACUUUCUCUAUUAUCUACCUCUCCCUCGUCGCUGCUCAAUUUUAUUUUGGUAUGGGCAUUCACCAAGACCAACUUUCUACUACCACACUCCAGUCUCAACUCAAGUGUCUCUGGGCGGCCAUUCCCAUGUACAAUGCGAGCCUGGCAUUCACCAAAUUCUCCAUUCUUUUCCAAUAUCUCCGUAUUUUCCCUGCGCGCUCCUUUCGACUUCUAUGCUAUUUUAUGAUGGCUGUUGUUGCAACUUAUUCAACUUGGGCCAUUGUUAGUGGCUACGUAAACUGUGUACCCGUGGCUAAGUUCUGGAACCAUGACUUGCCUGGCAGCUGUCUGAGCUUCGAGGCCGUGUGGUUCUUCAAUGCAUCCAUGAACAUUGCAACUGAUGUGACCCUACUUCUGAUGCCGAUGCCAUCACUUAUCAAGCUACAACUACCAAAGAUGCAAAAGGUUGCCUUGAUCGGCGUUUUCGCAAUGGGAAUUCUUGUUGUGAUCACAAGUAUCUUGCGUCUUUCAAGUCUUCGAGUUGUUGCUAAAAGUGCAGACACAUCUUACAGCAAUGUUGACGCUGCUUACUGGACCGCAGCAGAAUGCAAUGUGGCCAUUAUCUGCGCAUGCCUGCCCUUCCUUCGACCCAUUGUCAGCUGCAUCUUCCCCAAGCUUCUUUCCACCAACAGUUAUAAUCGUUAUACUACGAAUCCAGGGCGUAGCACUGCCCGCAACAUCACCGCCGCUCGCUCGCCACAGACUGAACUGUUCAGCCAGAACAAGGACAAAGAUUUCGAUAUGUAUUCAAUAAAUGUCAGGCGUGGUGAUCGUUCAAGUCGCAGCUCUUUCGGUGGCAUUGAAGUUACAACAGAGAUGACUGUCAUGCAAGAGAGCAGCCAUGACGAGGCUGUUAGCGAACGGCGGCUCGUGAUUGACCCUUCAUGA